AUGUUUGGCUCGAACGCGUUGCCGUUACCCCCACCCUUUGCUCACGAUCGUCCUCUCCGGUUGAGCGCUGAAAGCGCCCGUCCCCUUCCGACCGGAGAAUGUCGAUAUCUCCUGUUGCACCCUUCGGCACAGAACCAACAAUGUUCGUGCCAGUCCUUCCACCUAAACCGGAGCGCGCCUGGCAACAUCUGUGAAUGUGGCCAUCAAGCCUGCUACCAUGUCCACCGCGAAAACAACAAUGAAAAACAUACGGAUACACUCAAUGCUGUUCUUGAUAAGAUAAACGUCGUCUUUGAUAAGGUCAAGCGUAUGGAGGAAACCAUUCAGAAUGAACGCAGUAAUCGGGAUUCUGCUUUACAGAGAGAAAGACAGAUGUGGGAAAGAGAGAUUCGCAUCUUGCGUGAGGCGUUAGCACCCUUUUACCAAAGCGAAAAGGAAAUGCGUCGACGCAUCGUCGACAUUGAAGAUCGAGUGGACGGCAACUAUGACGAGCACGUCCGCCUCAGAGACCGCGUCGUGGCCGUUGACGAUGCCACCAUGUCAAUGGAGAAGAGGGUGGAGGAGCUCGAAGAUUUUCGCUUCAAGAGGCGACGCGUGGGUCGCAAUAACACCCAGGACCAACCUUUGCAGAAUGGCUAUGUCUCGUCUGACCCGGACAACUUUAGACGAGUCUCUUCGAGCAUCGACGGAGGUUCGGUGCGUACGCCUUCAUCGAGGGCAUUGUCGCCCAAUGGGACCGCGCCUGCUCCCGCACCAGAGCCAGAGGAACCUCGUUCGAGUGGAAUCCUCAACCUGGUCGCUGAAAUCCCCCGUCCUGGUCCCUUUGUCAACCUGCCCCAACGCCUCUCACCACCACAAGAAGAGCCAAGAUCAAGUGGCUUCUUGACAUUAGACAUGGGCGAGCGACUCAAAGAGAGGGCUGCCUCUGAGCAGGUAGCACAGAUCUCCAUCCACCAGGCUUCUCGAAUUACUCCACCCCAAGAUCGACCAAGUCCAUCCAACUCUGCAAAGUCCAACCAGGACAUCCCUUCAAGAGCUACUCGAACCCCUCCCGAAAUCCUCAACCCCAGAAUGCCAAUCAUAGAUGUCAUGGUGCUCCCUGGCAACGUAUCUCCAAGAAAGAGAAAGCAUCAUCUCGACCACAUCGCCCUGGAUGUGCUUGCCGAUGUCACCGUCGCCAGUCCACUGAUGCCCUAA